UGCAGUAUAUUGAUAGAAUCCUUUUUGACAUUUUUAAGAGGGUUUCUGGAGCUAAUUUCCACUUAAAAGACUUUUUUAACACAAUUUCUAUAACGAUUCGAGAUCUUUCAUACUGGGUUCUAUAUGUUUUUCAAUUAAAAACUUCGGGGGGUAGGGAACGAAAGAUAUUCCACCAGUUAGCUAAAUGCUGACAGCUUUAAUUAAAUCCUGUUUGCCAACCACAGCAGAUUGCAAAGUAACUGAUAACACAUGAUUGUUGCCUCUAUUUCUUGAAAUAAAAAUGCAAAAAGCUUCCAGUCUAGAGAUCAUCUCUAGAAAUGUUUUUUAAGCAAAUGGCCACCUGUCCAAGAAAGUUCUAUGUUAUUGUUAAUGGCAAAAUCACCAGUUUGGGGUCUAUAAACGAUAACUGGUUAUCAUUGACUAGGAUCCAGUCUCUCCCUACCGUUGCUAUAGUAUCAUUGUCACGUGACUGUAGAUUGAUGUUGGGGUUUGUCGGAAUUUGGGUUAGGAGGUGUUGCGUUUUGGUAAUUGACAUUUUCGAAUAUAUGUGACUAACAUCAUUGUACUCUUCGCCUCUCUAGCACGGAAAAAAAUACUUAUAAUGCUAUUUAGAAGCUCAAGGCCUCCUCCACUCUAAUAUGCAUAUAUCGUUUUUUGUUUUGUUUUCUUUUUUUUCUUUUUUUUUUUUUUUUUUAAUUAAGUGACAGUGAACAGACAUCCGUGCCGGCAGGGCCGAACAAGAUUUGGACAUUUGGACACACCUGUGCCGAAUGCCUUCAAUGUUUGCUAUUCUGUUCUAUACAACACUGGUGUAAAUUCUAAUAUGUCUUUUAUAAAAUCAAAAUUGUUGCACUAUUUAAUUUUUGUAUUUACCAUAGCUUUAAAGUUGACUUUUGAACGACAAUUCAGACCGGUACCCGUGGUUGUUGCCAAAAUAAAACUCCAAAUCAAAACGAAGUAACAAGUUUAAUUUUAGUAGAAAAAGUAUACCAGCGCACACAAAAUAAGAUUUGUGAUGUUCUUCAAUAAACUUCCCCGCGAGAUGUSAUAGUUUUAACCGUCAAGUCGAAUACUGACUAAAUGAGAGCAAAGCGCCAUUUUUAGCACAUCAAUAAAAAAUGAAUUUCCCGCGGCCACCCGUCGCACAAGAUGAAAUUCAAGGUCUUUUUGUAAAGAGAGCGCUGUUGUGCCUUAAACGUUUCUUUUUCACUCUUUGGCUCUGUAUUUUUAGUAGGUUUUGGUAUGAACAGGAUUUUURUURYYCUYCUUCUCCCGUUUGUCGUUAAUACAAUCGAUAGAGAUCACGAGCCSGAGGACGCCUUCCAAAAGGACUGCCUCGAUGCGCAUAAUACUUAUCGCGCCGAGCACGGUGUUCCACCGUUAGCUUGGUCAUUGGUGCUGACUCGACAAGCGCAGAAAUGGGCUGAUGUGCUUGCUUUGAAAGAUGAGGUCAAACAUAACGAUGAAGAGUUAGCAAAAAAUAACGAAGGCGAAAACCUUGCGUACUUCCGACCUGCUGUCCCCAAGUGCCAGGACUCGAUGGUUGGUAAUUGCAUACUCUGUCGUGAGAUGGUUAAGCGCUGGUACGACGAAGUCAAGUUUUACGACUUCGAUAACGGUGCAGGACUGACACCAGAGGCGGUCACCAAGCACUUUACCCAGAUCAUCUGGUCCAACACGUCCGAGGUGGGGAUUGGUACUGCAAUAAGCAAAAAGUAUGGAUUUAUAACCGUGGCUCGCUAUUGGCCGCAGGGUAACAAAGGCGGACCGGAAAUGUAUAUCCUUAAUGUUCCACCAGAGGGAGGGCCUUUACCGCUACCAUCUAACGAUACUCCUACGAAAGCUGUUGGGAUUCCUGAAACAAUCUCUCCAAAAGAGACUGCUGACGAUACAAGCAAAACAAACCCAAAAACUAAGAAAGUAAGCCAGGAUGUAAAUGACACACAGCUAGCAGAUUUGGCGUCACAGGACCCUCACCAACAAACACAGAACGAUGAUAUGGGMAACACCUUCGACAGCCAUAUGAAUAAGGAUUUUGGCUAUGAAGGACAAAAGAUGUAUGGAGAUUCACACAAGGGAGAUAUUGAAUACAACAUACAAGUUGAUUCAGCUCAAGGUAACCCACCAGCUCGGCAGCAYGGUAAAAAAGCUUAUGACUCGCCAGAGAGCGGUGUCCAAAUGAARCAUAGCAGAAAGAAGGGUUAUAAUAAUGAUGACGAUGGYGCAAAAAGCAACAGCGAUGCUGAAAGUGUCACGGGGAAAAGUGAUGAUGUUGUGUAUGAUUCAAAUAUGGAAAAUCAAGGCAGUUUACAGGAUUAUAACGGAGAUAGCAACAAUGGAAAUGAUUUGAACAAUGAGUAUUCUACGGAAGACAAAGAAAGCAAUCGAAACAAUGGGUAUAGUUCAGAAGACAGUAAAGAAAACAAUGCAAACAAUGGGUAUACUACAGAAGACGAAAACAAUAGGAACAAUGAGUAUUCUACGGAAGACAAAGAGAACAAUASGAACAAUGGGUAUAGUUCUGAAGACAGUAAAGAAAAYAAUGGCAACAAUGGGUAUACUACRGAAGACAAAGAGUUCAAUAGGAAGAAUGGAUAUACUAUGGAAGACAAUAAAGAGAACAAUAGGAACAAUGGGUAUAGUUCGGAAAACAAUAGUGACUUGAACAAUGGAAACAAUGGCUAUACUGCAGAAGACAAAGAUUACAAUAGGAAUGAUGGCUUUACUUCGGAAGACAGAGAGUACAAUGGGUACAGUAGUAUUGAAAACAAUAAAGAGAACAAUGAAAACAAUGAAGGCAAUGAUUUAAGUAUGGAAAACAAUGCCUUUUUUACAGAAAACAAACAGAGAAGUGGUUACAAUAUAGAAGACGAAAGACAGAAUAAUAAUAAAAACGAAGUUAAAAUUAAAGACAAUAUAUUCAACAUUAAYAGAGUUAAUAGCGGGAAACUAGGAGMAUUGGUCGGUAAUAUUGCAGGUACUCGUAACAGACAUCUUACACCUUCAAUGUCUAUUCAAAAAAAUGAUGGGUCCAAUUCACAGAGCAUCAGGGAGACCCUWAAAAAUAAAGGACUUGUGCGAACAGUUAAGGGACCAGAUGGGUCCAGUGCUCAAGUGUUCCUGACUAAAAAUGGUGCCCAUGCUGGUUUGGUGUUUAGGAACCAUAUAUCGAGAGCUUCUUCGUUACGAAAGGCAAAGSAGCCGGAAACUAACCGAGUAAUCUACGUGGUAUAGCCGAAUACGUAACGAAUAAUCUACGAGGUAUAGCCGAAUACUUAUCGAGUAGCUUUCGUGGUAAACAACGCAGAAAUGCAGAAAAGCUCGACGAAAAAAAAUAAGUACAGAAUUUUAAUUCUCAGUAAAUUACUUUACAUGAAUAUAGACAUGAUAUCUGGAAAAAUCCAACAAAUUAAUCCAGUUAAUGGACAGGAUUGCAUGCGCAAGAAGAAAAAAGUUGUGCWCGGAAAAAGAAUGCAGAAUGAUGUAGGCUUUUUUUAAUUAGCGUUUUCUUCGAUAAAGACUUUCAAAUCGAUUGAUGUUUUUGGAAUUAUGCUUAAUCMGUUGUCCGUAUUUCAAUGUUUUUCUAUUACAAAUGUUGAUCACAAAAUAUCGUCUUGUACGUCAAAUGGGAUUGUAUUCCUCUUUCUUUUUUCUUUAUUCUUUUGCAUGUGAAUGAAGUAUUUUUUAAAUUCAUU